CUCCUCCCGAUCAGGUGGACAGGUCUCGAGUACAAACUAGGCAAAACGGGAAAUGGCUUCCUCCGCUUUGACGGGCAUGUUCCGUUCUGCCGUGCGACCGUCGACGUCUGCACUGGCCAGACAAGCACGCUUCUCCCCUGCAGCUAUCGCAAGAGGAGCUAGACACUACUCUGAGCAUGCCGAGGAAGAAUCUUACGAAGCCUUCAAUGCUCGCUAUGCCAAGUUCUUUACCCAGGUCGAGGACGUUUUCGAGCUCCAGCGUGGCUUGAACAACUGCUUCGCCUACGAUCUCGUGCCCUCCCAGGAGGUCGUCGAAGAGGCACUCAAGGCUAGCCGAAGGGUCAAUGACUAUGGCACUGCCGUUCGUAUCUUUGAAGGGAUCGCCCAAAAGGUCGAAAACACGGCGCAAUAUAACGAGUACCUCAAGGAGACCGAGCCACUCAGGAAGGAACUCGGUAUCCUGACCAAGGAGGAAUUGUACAAUCUGCCAGGCUCGCGCCCAUAGAGCAUCAAUGCAUCUGCAUACCC